AUGUCUUGGGACGAUGAGUUACCAAUGGCCAUUGCGAACGAGUGGAAAGAAGUGAAGAACAAUCUCAACCAACUAGAGAAGAUCCGCAUCCCACGAUACACCGGCGAAAUGUGUGAUAAAGUGCAACUUCAUGGAUUCUCCGACGCAUCCGAGCAGGCGUAUGCAGCUGUUGUCUACCUCAGGGUUCUGGAUGCUGCAGGCCAUGCCAGAGUUACUCUGAUGGCGGCGAAAUCUCGUGUCGCUCCCAUCAAACAAAUUUCGUUGCCGAGGUUGGAGCUGAAUGGAGCACUGUUACUUGCCGAGCUUAUGGCAAAGGUAACAACUGCUCUGGCGUACCCUGAACCCGAAACCUGGGCGUGGACCGAUUCUACUAUCGUACUGAAUUGGCUUUCUGCGCAUCCUCGCAAAUGGAACACGUUCGUGGCCAAUCGAACGUCGGCUAUACUUGAAACUCUACCGAGGAGCUGUUGGAACCACGUGAAAAGCAAGGACAAUCCGGCGGAUUGCCUUUCUCGUGGUUUAAGUCCUGCUGAAUUCAUCGAUCAUCCUCUGUGGUUCAGGGGACCGCAGUGGCUAAGCGAGGACUCGGCGAGCUGGGUGCUGAGCGCACCACCGACCCUCGAAGGAGAUUUGCCGGAGGCAAAACCAGUGAAAUCACUGCAUCUUGUUGCGAUACAUCACCGAGAUAAUUACGACGUCGAGGAGGAACUACUGGAAAGGCGUUCUAGUUUUACGUUGAUUGUUCGAACAUUGGCGUACAUGAAUCGUUGGGCUCACCACUCCGUAUCCAAGGACGAGCGACACGGCGGGGAGUUGACACCUGUUGAGCUACAAGCAGCUACUUCCCAAUUGUGCCGGGCAAUCCAAAAUGACGUAUUCGGUCCAGAAAUUAAACGCCUACGAAAGGGUAAGUCGAUUAAACCAAAACAUAUCCUUGCCCCUCUUUAUCCCUUUCUGGACAAAUUUGGAACAAUGCGCGUCGGUGGAAGACUACAACAUUCCAAUCAACCCUAUGACGUUAAACACCCAAUAAUCUUGCCCCAAAACCAUCGUGGUACUGAACUACUGGUCCGUGAAUUACAUUUACGUAACUUACAUGCUGGUCCAACUCUAUUAACCUCCGUUGCGUAUCAGAAAUAUUGGAUAGUGGGUUGCCAAACCGUCGUUCGUCGUAUCGUCCAGGGUUGUAUUCGAUGUGUUCGUCUUAAGGGAAAAACUGCCAAUCAAUUAAUGGGCAAUCUUCCACCGUCAAGAGUUCUGGCCACCCGCCCAUUCUCACACGUCGGAGUAGAUUACGCCGGACCAAUCAAAUUGAAGGCACUAUGUGUGAGAGGUGUUAAGAUCACGAAAGGAUAUAUCGCCGUCUUUGUUUGUCUAUCAACAAGAGCUGUGCACGUCGAAGGAGCAAGUGAUCUGUCUACCAAUACUUUUCUAAGCACCCUAAAACGAUUCAUUUCACGGCGUGGUUAUCCAGUGGAAAUAUGUUCAGACCAAGGCACCAAUUUCGUCGGUGCGGAUCGCGCAUUGCGUGAAUUCUUGGACCAUCUACAAUCCAACUCGAAAGACGUCUCAAAAUUCCUUUCAAACAUCGGAAUCAAAUGGUCUUUAACCCGCCAUCCGCCCCACAUAUGGGAGGGAUUUGGGAAGCCGCGGUGA